GAUCACAUAGUGAGAACAUUGAAGAAGUUGUUGACUGCACUACUGACUACAUCAUCUUCUGUAUGGACAUUGUAGUUCCAGUAAGAACAGUACGCUGCUAUGCUAACAACAAGCCAUGGAUUACAAGUGACAUCAAGGGCCUUUUGAACCAGAAGAAAAGGGCUUUUAAAGGCGGUGAUCAGUAUGAGCUCAAGUGCGUGCAGAAGGAACUCCGAGUCCAGCCCAGGGCGGUGAAGGAGCAGUACAGGAGAAAGCUGGAGCAGAAGUUGCAGAAUAACAGCAUGAAGGAAGUGUGGGAUGGGAUGAAGAUCAUCACUGGCUGCAGCUCAAAGCGGGGUACCACCAUCAAGAGAGAUGUGAAGAGAGCAAACCAAAUGAACAACUUCUUUAACAGGUUUGACCACCCUAAACCACUCUCACCUCAGAGUACUGCACCCUCCACACAUCCUUCUGCUGAUACCAGCAUAGGAGAGACAUCCCCACCCAUAAUUACAACAGCGCAAGUGAGCAGAGAGCUGAGGAGACUUUGUGCCAGCAAAGCAGCGGGUCCAGAUGGUGUAUCGCCACGACUGCUGAAGGCCUCUGCGUUGCAGCUGGAGAGUCCUCUACAGCACAUCUUCAACCUGAGCCUGGAACAGGGGAGAGUCCCAAGGCUUUGGAAAACAUCUUGCAUCACUCCAGUCCCAAAGGUAUCACGUCCUAGUGAGCUGAAUGACUUCCAGCCUGUUGCUCUGACGUCACAUGUGAUGAAGACCAUGCAGCGGCUGCUGCUUCACCACCUGAGGCCACAGGUCCGCCACGCCCUCGACCCUCUGCAGUUCGCAUACCAGGAGAAGGUGGGAGCGGAAGAUGCCAUCAUCUAUAUGCUACACCGAUCCCUCUCCCACUUGGACAGAGGCAGUGGUGCUGUAAGAAUUAUGUUUCUGGACUUCUCUAGCACCUUCAACACCAUCCAAUCUCUGCUCCUUAGGGACAAGCUGAGAGACAUGGUAGUAUAUUCAUACCUGGUGGCAUGGAUCGUGGACUAUCUUACAGACAGACCUCAGUAUGUGCGUCUCGGGAACUGCAGGUCUUACAUUGUGGUCAGCAACACAGGAGCGCCGCAGGGGACUGUACUUUCUCCGGUUCUGUUCAGCCUAUAUACAUCGGACUUCCAAUACAACUCGGAGUCCUGCCACAUGCAAAAGUUCGCUGACGACACUGCUAUCGUGGGCUACAUCAGGAGUGGGCAGAGGAGGAGUAUAGGAACCUAAUUAAGGACUUUGUUAAAUGGUGCGACUCAAACCACCUACAACUGAACACCAGCAAAACCAAGGAGCUGGUGUGGAUUUUAGGAGGACCAGACCCCUCAUGGACCCCGUGAUCAUCAGAGGUAGCUGUGUGCAGAGGG